AGGAUGAAGAGGAGGAGGAGGAGGAGGAGCUACGGACGGAACGAUACAAAGCGACAGGGGUCAAAGGAAGAAGAAGAAGCGUGAGUGUCCAGCUGUGCAGACUCCAGCAGGCACAAUGGACGACUACGAGAGUGUCUUACUGGUGAAGCCCGAGGUGUUUGUCUACAGGAUACCUCCCCGCUCCUCCAACAGGGGCUACAGAGCUGCCGACUGGAACCUCGGGGCUCCUGACUGGACUGGUCGGAUGCGACUGGUGAACCGCAGUGACGGGUGCGUCAUCAAGCUGGAGGACAAGGUGACGGGGGAGCUGUUUGCCAAGUGCCCCAUCGACAAGUACCCUGGAGUGGCCUUAGAGGCCGUGACUGACUCCUCGAGGUACUUUGUUCUCAGGAUACAGGAUGAAGGAGUCAUUGGUGAUGUUGCAGGGAGGGCAGCAUUCAUUGGUGUGGGAUUUGGUGACCGAUCAGACAGCUUUGACCUCAAUGUUGCACUCCAAGACCAUUUCAAGUGGGUAAAGAAGGAAGAAGAAGCUGAAAAAGAGAAAGAAGAAGGAAAACCCAACCUGGACCUUGGCUUCAAGGAUGGAGAAACUAUCAAGAUCAACAUGAAGAUAACUAAAAAAGAGGGUCAGGAGGGAACCAAUCGGCCCAAGCCCAAGGCUGGCAGUGCUGGUGGAGGCCUGCUGCCUCCUCCACCUGGAGGGGUGAAGCUGGCACCUCCUCCAGCUCCAGUGGCAGCCUCCAAGAUUGGCUCAGGGAGCAAUAUCGAUAUCUUGGGAGACCUAUCCAAUUCCCCCACUCACUCGGACAGUAAGCCAGCAGCUGCAGGCUGUGGAGAGUCCUGGGGAGAUUUUGCCAGUGCUCCUGCCAAGCCACAGCCAGCAAGUAACCCAGCAAGUGGAGGCUCGGGCAGUGACUGGGUAACAUUCUAGAGCCUAGGCUGUGUGGCCCCCCCUUGUUGUCACCCAAGAACCCUAUGCAUGACAAGUGGUGUUGAGUGUAGAUAUUACCCCUUGGUACUUCAAGGAUGUUUUUCAAUUAUUACAGUUUAUCCUGUAAAUAGGAUGUUAAUUUUUUAAUCAACAGCAAGGCCAUUGAACUUUACAAGUCUCCCUCUAAAUGUCAUAAUUCUGCUUGAAAAUUGACUGCUGUGUAGUCUUGAAUGCUCCCAAAGUGCUGUUUGGAAAAAUUUAUUUUCAAUUGGUGAUGGAAGUUAAUUGGUGGAUUAGAGUAUAAGCAAAUGACAACAUGUAAGCAGUUGAUGGAAUAUGACUGAUGCACCACAAACAUAUACAUGUGUUCUAAUUAUUGUGUUCAUUCAUGUUCAUUGGCAUUCUUUUGUUAAGAUUAAUGAAUGCAUCCUCAGUGGCACACUUCCAGCCUUCAGCCUUCUCACAGGAAAGGCUGAGACUCCAUUGUACACCUGGAGGACUUACUUCUAGAAUUAAAUUUAAACUUUUCAUUUCUUGUUCUUGCAUUACAUACACAGAUCCUAUUAUUUACCUGCAUUCAUUCAAAGAAGACUGGAUAAAUAACAUGCUUGUUGAAGCCUUGUCUGGAGAUACUUUUUUGUGUCUUCUGUUAUGAUAGGCAGUAUUUAAAUUGUUUAGCAGAACUAGGAGUACUUAUAACACACAUCAUUAUAGGAGCAAAGUAUGAAAGUAUAUAUCACUUACAUUGUACAUGAAACAUUGGGAAUUUGAAGAGAUUAGUUUCAUAUUCAAAAUGAAAGUUUAUAGAAAAUUUUAAUUGCUAAGUAUAUAUUUUUAAUGUAGAAUCUUCUGUCCUGAGUAAUCUACGCCACAAGUGAACAGCUCUCUGUAAUACAGUGGCCUCGCAUUCAUCACAGGAAUUUGGGCAAAGAUCACAUUGCAUUGGACAAACAAAAGAACUAUUUUUUUUCACAGAAUUUCUGAAAAAUGCACUCGACCCUCGAUUUCCCAGACAAAAUCCAGGGUCCAGCAAUUGUCAAAUGUGUGAGGUCAUUUCUGGGAAGUGAAAUAGCAUCCAGGUAAAAAAUCUGGGGUUCGGCUAAGUCUAGCAGUUGUUGGAUAUGUGCCUCAGGUUAUUAGGCAAAUCUAAAUGGGCUGUCAUCUUGUACCUGUUGUAUUUUUUUAAAUUUUAAAGCAAUAUGUCAUAAGAAAUAUUUAGUUAUGACAGUUUAAGAUUUAACUAAGUUUUCAUAUUGUGUUCAAAUUGUCUCAUUUUUACUAAAAAUAUUCCAUUUAUAGUAAAAAGUUUAUCUGAAAGAUUGUACAAUACAUCCAAAAGUUAUGGUCUGUAGCUUAACCAGUGUGUAUUUGUCUGACAGUUCAGUUUGAGGUGGUGAUUGUAGUGCUGGGAGAUUUAAGUCACUUCAGAUUUAUGGCAAGAAGAGAACCUGUUUGUGACUUUUCUCUCAGAACUUUGAAUUUCCAUUCUUCAUAGAAGGUAAGCCUGGAAUAUUAAUGUCCCUUUAGAGAAUAUAGUAGUAAAUUUAUUUUUAAUCAUCUCUGCUAGAGGAGAUGUCCCUAAUAUAAUUGGAUGAAGAAAGCCGUACUGUGAGGCUUUUCUCCAUCGCAGAAUAGUAACAUUUGGUGCAUGUGUAGUGCAAUAUCUUUCAAAGAUAAGCCUUAACCCAGGGAAUUUCAUGGCUGGCAAGCCUUGUGAUGUUGCUGAUCAGAAACUUGUUUUCAUGGCCACAAGAAUUAUAUUUUUUGUGCAACCAGUUUUGUUUUGUUGUCCAUAUCCUUAGAAGCUAUAGUUGUGCCAGCAGCAAACUGAAGUGUGAUGGCAGUGGAAGCCAAAGGUUUUUGAGAAGGUGCAGCACAACUACAUUCUCUGUCAUAUCUUUGGGUGAUUGGGACAGUGUGUUGCUGUAUUACUGUUUAGUAUCACUAGUUGAGCAAUGUAUACCAAUAGUCACUGGUAAGGAACUCAGCCCAGGAAAGGCUGUGCAGGUUCUGGUCUCAGUGUACAUAGCCAAACUGAAGAGGGCGAGGGGCUUAUUUUUAGUUUGAAGGUUCAUGUACAACACGACAAUAAAACAUCAAAAUUUC